AUGGCGUGUGUAUCAGAAGAACAUGAGAGUACCGGUCCAUGGUACUUCGGUAGUGGGAGUUCAAGCCACAUGGUGGAUACAAUAAACAACCUACAUGACAUCAAGAAGGUCAAAGCUCAAGGAUGGAGAUACGAAUAUGUGUGGACCGGGCCACAAGGGGAAGCAUGUGAAUGCUCACCACAUGAAAAUACCGGACGUUCAAUCAUAGUUAGACCUCAAGGGUACAAGAAUGGUGUUGGUUCAGAAGUGCAAUCUAGUUCAGAGGAGAAAUCUGGUUCAGAGGAGCAGUCUGGUUCAGAACAAGCAGUGGUACAGCAGAUGCAUCAGAAUCAUUCAUCAUCUGAUCUCAUCAGUGAUGUUAGUGAAGGGAGGAAAAGCAAGGGGAGAAUAUGA